AUGAGCAAGGCGCCUUUCGCAGCAGACCAGCGGCGGCCGCUGGAAGACCUCAUAGCCCUGACAGGCCUUAAGCCGAAAUAUGCGAAGGGGUGUUUUGACCGUUUUGGCGGAUUUGCGCCGGCGUUGGCCUCUUUUGCCCAGUCCUACGCGGCGUUGCCAAACGAAUACUUUGAUCGCCGCCACGUUGUGAAGGCAAAUAUGCCUCGCAUUAACGAAGAGCUGAAACUUAUUUACAAGCGGGCAAGGUGGAUUAAGCAGCAGUUGGGGAAGGAUACAGAGACGGUCUGGGCAGCCUACUACGCAGACCCCGCGUCGUCGACGACAUCCUGGUCCGUUGUCCAGUCUCCCAAGCGCAUGAGAAAAGUCAGCUAUUGUGAGCCGUCGCACUUCACCGGCCCUUUUCUUGACAUGCCUACUUUUUGGGAGGCGGAGAUGAAAGGGCAGAGUUUCUUUUUAAGCCUCGAUAAGAAGGUGAUGGAGCGCAAUAGAGUUAUCCUGCGUAAAAGGUUGGAACAAUGGGUAACUACGGCAGCGGCACACCGCGAUUCUGUUCGGUACGUUGAGAUGCGGUAUUUGGACGAGAAGACGGUUCGUUUGAUUCUCAGGGACGCGAAUACCACCUUUUUGCAUCCCGAUCACCGCAAAAAAUUUGUUGCUUUUCUUGCUGCCAUGUACAAUGAGUUUGAGAUAUAUGAGCCGGCCAUGAGUUUCUUGGCUGGGCUCUUUAUGUUGGUUCUCAGUGAAGAGGAAGCUGCCACGGUGCUUCGUUUGGUUUUGAAUCUAAGAAUCCCUCCCAGCUGGGCGAUGGAGGUUGUCGGUUUUUCGGCCGCCUCCGUGCUUGUAGAAACUUUCCUGCAGUCGCCCCCUUCGUCGGGGAAAAAGCAGCUUGACUUGGGCGAGCACGCCAACCUGUAUACUCGUAUGCAGUCCGUGAUAAAAAUUCUUUGCGAGAAUGUGGUCAACGUGAGGGAGCUCUUUGGAUUUUUUGAUCUACUUAUUAAGGGGAACCAGGUUCUGUCUUUUUCCGGGCAUCAAUUAAAGUCGUAG